CAAAAAAAAAAAAAAAAGAGUUUACAAAAGACAGACAGAUCGCAAAAGCCAUUCCUCAAAUAAAAUAAAACAAAUACUAAAAAGACAGCUUUGAGUGAACACCUACAACGUCGUCUUCGUCCCAACACAGGAAGUUCAAAAAAUGGUGACCAACCACCAUUAUACUCGAGUGGAUACGUUGGAGCUGAGGGAUCUAAUCUAUAGGAAGAUUGGGCAGCAGAGAGCUGAAAAGUACUUUGAUGAGCUUAGUAGAUUUUUCAGUUCAAAGUUGAGCAAGGUUGACUUCGAUAAGUCGUGCAUUCGAACUAUUGGGAGAGAGAAUAUUCACCUACAUAAUCGUCUCCUUCUAUCCAUAGUGAAAAAUGCUUCUUUGGGUAAGGUUCCACCACCAAGGCCUAAAAAAGCUGAAGAAUCUCUCAGCAUUAAAGUUGGGAACGGUUACCAAAGAAGUUGUCUACAAUCGCUCUAUGGUGAUGCAUUUCCCUCAUCACCUCGCAAAACCAGGUCUCCAGUUAGUAGGGACAGAAGGUUGCGGGACCGUCCAAGUCCUCUUGGACCACUUGGGAAAAGUCCUGUUACGUGUGAAGAAGCAGCACCUAGGGUACAAGAACAGCAAAGUGCCACAGAAUUGCAUUCUCUUGGUAGCAGACCUCCAGUUGAAGUUGCAUCAGUAGAAGAUGGGGAAGAAGUUGAACAAUUUGUUGGAAGUCCAGGAAUUCAAAGCAGAAGCCUCGUCACUGCUCCUCUUGGAAUUUCUGUGAAUGUAGGUGGUGCUCGAAAAACUCUCCAUAGUGGAUCUGUGUACAACUUUCGUCUCGAGACUUUUCAAAGCUGUAGAGAAUUGCCUGAGAGUAGAUCGUUAAGAAGUCGUUUGGAGCGGAAGUUAGAGUCGGAGGGGCUUGGCAUAACAUUGGACUGUGCUAACCUGCUAAAUAAUAGCUUAGAUGCAUUUUUGAAAAGGCUGAUUGAACCUUGCAUAGGACUGGCUGGAUCCCGACAUACAAAUGAACGUGUCAGAUAUUGUAAUGGUCAAACACUGCCUGGAUGGUAUGGACAAUAUCCUGGAAAUUAUACAAAAAGACAAACAAGAUCCUCAUAUGGUAGGAUGUUGGAUUUCCGAGUGGCAGUGGAGACUAAUCCUCAUAUACUUGGGGGAGAUUGGUCCAUGCUACUUGAGAAGGUCUGUGCUUCUUCUGAAUAAACAACUCAUUUUCAUCAAUCUUGUUACCAGAUGGAUAAGUGGAAAAUUCAGGCUUUUGUGUCUGAUUAGAAUGAUAGUUCUUGACAUGAUUUCUGACGGAAUGAAGUAUCUAUGAGAAUUGCCAAAGGGAACAACAUGUGAAUAUUGUGGGAAGCUGUCGGAUGUGUGUUGUGAGAUUUGUAUUCUAGGAGAAUUUGUCCCUUGGGAGGGUCAGGGUUACAUAGAUUAUGCAUAGAUAUUGUUUACAAGCACUUGCUCGUAUGUCAUUUUUCAUUUUACAGAUGAGGUUUCUAUGAAAUAAGAUGAGGUUUCUAUGAAAUAUUUUCAUGAAAUAAAUCAUUUAGUUCAAUGCAGCUGUUUACUAUUGUAAAACUGAGAAGUUAGCAAGUGAAUCAAUUUCUAACCGUUACUGA